AAGUUUUUAACACCGAAAGGCCAAAGGGUUACCACAUUCUUCACGACUCUCUUCUCAUUUUUGUUUCUCUCUUUUUGGUUUUCCACAGCACAAAAGAAAGAAAGAAAAGAAAAUUGUAUUCGAUUUGAAACCGCGACGCCGAUUUUCUUAUGAAUUUCUGUCUGUUUUCUUCGUUUGAGUGAUUCGAUUCAGAUCCAUGACUUUGUUAUUUCCGGUGAAUUGACCGGGCUUUACGGGGGCUUUUGGGUAGGAUUGCGCAGAGCAAUUUGAGGUUUUUAGUUUUUUGUUCCCUUUUGUCUGAUGUUGAUGAUGGGGGAGGGGAAUAGGUAUAAUGAUAGCCCCGAUUACUUGACAAGUGGGGAUCCCUCAGCCGAUUUCGAGUUUGAUGGUCUAAGCAUAGAUCUCGAUGACAUCAAUCGCAUCCUUGAAGAGAAUUCUGGUUCUUUGCAGAGCAAGCCAGAAGACCCACCAUUUAGAACUCAAGGGGGCUUAGCCUUUGAAUCCAACCAGUUUCAGAGUGGGUAUUCUUCCGAGACUUCAGGUGCUAGGUCAGGGUCUGUAGAUGGUUUAUUUGAUUAUCAUGGGAAAUUGGAAGCCCAUGCCCAUGAUUGUUCUAUGGUCCAGGCAUCCUCCGCAAGUUUUGAAGACUGGUUUUCAAUUGCUCAAGUGACACCCUAUACAGAGAGGGUUGGCAUGUCUCUGCCUGAGAUGCCUAGCUGUAGUACAGCAUCUAGUUUUGUGGAGAUAGAUGACAACCACGUGUUAGAUUGUGGAGAUAAUUUAAAUUUUGAUCUUGUGGAUAACAGAAAUGGUACAGAAUCCAAAGAUACUGCAGCUGAGUUCGACAAAAAAAAUUCUUUGCUCGGCCCUGCUGUUGAGAAUAUAAACUUAGUAUUUGAUCAAUGUGGUGAUAUUCUAACUAAUACCUUGGAAACCCCAGAAGCUCCUGAAAAUGAGGUAGCUAUCCCUAUGGAGUAUUCCUCUGUUGGCGCUAAUAAAACUUCACAUAAUAUCAUUUCUAAUGAGUCUACCUUCUGUCACGGGUCUGAUAUUGUUAGUGGUGUUUGUGAUAUUUCUUCAGUUUUACCUAAUUGCAUGAAUGGAGAUGAUGGAUGUUUUACUGAUUCCCCAAUGCAAUACUUGUAUAAUUCCCCAAGUUUUAUGUUUAAAGAAAGGAAGGAGGGUGAAGCAAUUGAAUAUCCAACCGAGAGUGCAUGUUCUAGUAGUAGGAUGAUUCUUCAUGAUCAGGGAAGGAUGGAUAAUAGGUCUGUGUCACAACUCUCAAUGACUGAUUUAUCAGAUGUAAAGAAACAUCAUUUUGAAGUAAAAGGGAAUGGACAUAUUUUACCAGCAUUUAAAAAGUUGUCAUAUACUACUAAUGAUGGACAUUCUGAUGACAAAGGAUCAGUGCAACCAUUUGAUCGCUUUGCUGUUUGCAUAAACAAUGAACAUGAUAAAUUGGUUACACCUGGCAACAUUUUCUGCCAGUCUGCUGGAUGGAGAAAGUCUAUUAACAGGGUCAAUUCACUUGAUGAAUACUCUAAGCAGUUCUUGUCUGAUGUUUCACCUUCUAUGUCAAACCAGCUAUUUGUGGUUAAUGGCAGGGAUGUUCAUCAUUAUCAUCAAGAUAUAAAUCUAACUGUUAGUAGUCAAACUUCCCUUGGAGGUGGAUAUUCGGAGCAAUAUUUUCCUAGCUCUCAUCCAAUUAUUUCAUCCAUGGUGCAUUUUGGUUGUUCUGAGGAUGAAAAACAGAGCACAUUGAUGCCUUCCAGGAGUAUCGAUCUUUCAAAAGUUAGUCCUGAAUCUAUUCAUAGCAAUUCUUCAGACUGCAGAUCUCAUGUUGAUGGUGACCCUGAUAUAUGUAUUCUUGAAGACAUUAGUCAGCCUGCCCGCUCAAAUCAGUCUAUGGUGCUUGUAAAGAAGACUCCUAGUUUGCCAAAUUCUGCAUUUAGUAAUCCGCAUCAUUACUCUGGAAUGGGGGGUAUCAGGUUCAAGGGAAAUGAUGAGCGGCAAAUUUUUCGGGUUGCAUUGCAGGGUCUUUCUCAGCCGAAGUCUGAAGCUAGUCCACCAGAUGGCGUUUUGACAGUACCUCUUCUACGGCAUCAGAGAAUCGCUUUGUCAUGGAUGACCCAGAAGGAGAAAGCUGACUCAUGUUGUAUGGGAGGAAUUCUUGCAGAUGAUCAGGGAUUAGGAAAAACUGUAUCAACAAUUGCACUUAUUCUUAAUGAAAGGCCUCCAUCUUCGAGAGCAUCUUCUCAAGAUAUAAAAAAGGUUGAGAUGGAAACGUUAAAUUUGGAUGAUGAUGAUGGUGAUGGUGGUGAUGUUGUGGGUGAUGAUGAAGGGAUGAAGCAAGAAUCUGACAGCAGUCAAGUCAUGUCAAAUGGUGCUUCGAAGAAAAGAUCUUUUCCAUCAGCGCAAGCAAAGGGAAGGCCAGCUGCUGGAACUCUCAUUGUAUGUCCCACAAGUGUAUUGCGACAAUGGGCAGAGGAGUUGCAUAAUAAGGUGACGAGCAAAGCUCAUCUCUCUGUUCUAGUAUACCAUGGAAGCAACAGAACAAAGGAUCCUUUUGAGUUAGCAACGUAUGAUGUUGUCCUCACUACAUAUUCUAUUGUUAGCAUGGAGGUCCCAAAGCAGCCUCCUGUUCAUGGAGAAGAUGAUGAGAAAGGGAAGUGGGAAAGUGACCAUGCAUCAUCAUCUAUGGAUUUUCCACCAAGCAGGAAAAGAAAAUCCCCAUCUAGUUCUAAUAAAAAAGGAGUGAAUUAUAAGAAGGGAGUGGAUGAAUUGCUUCUUGAUUCUGUUUCUAGACCUCUUGCUAAAGUUGGAUGGUUUAGAAUUGUCCUGGAUGAGGCCCAAAGCAUAAAAAACCAUAGAACUCAAGUUGCUAGGGCCUGUUGGGGCCUACGUGCUAAACGUAGAUGGUGCUUGUCUGGUACUCCAAUUCAAAAUGCCAUUGAUGACCUUUAUAGCUACUUUAGAUUUCUGAGAUAUGAACCUUAUGCUGUUUACAAGUCAUUCUGUUCUUCCAUAAAGAUCCCAAUUUCUAAAAGUCCAGCAAAAGGGUAUACAAAAUUGCAAGCUAUCUUGCAGACAAUAAUGUUACGUCGCACCAAAGGUACUCUUCUUGAUGGGAAGCCGAUUAUUAACUUGCCACCUAAAGUGGUAGAAUUGAAAAAGGUGGAAUUCACAAAGGAGGAACGUGAUUUCUACUCCAGAUUGGAGAGUGAUUCACGCGCUCAGUUUAAAGAGUAUGCAGCUGCAGGAACUGUCAAACAAAAUUAUGUGAAUAUUUUGUUGAUGCUUUUGCGCCUUCGCCAAGCCUGUGAUCAUCCUCUUCUGGUCAGGGGUUUUGACUCAAACUCUUCAAGGAAAUUGUCAAUCGAGACUGCGAAGAAACUUCCUCGGGAGAAGUUGACAUUUCUUCUGAGUUGUUUGUCUUCUUUGUCGUUGUGUGGCAUCUGCAAUGAUCCAUCAGAAGAUGCUGUUGUUGCUGUAUGUGGUCAUGUUUUCUGCAACCAAUGUAUCUCUGAACAUCUUACUGGUGAUGACUACCAGUGUCCCACCAGAAAUUGCAAAGCUCGACUCAGUGCAUCUUCUAUAUUUUCAAAUGCCACUCUAAACAGUUCUCUCUCUGAGCAGCCUGGUCAGGAUAGUUCCCUUGAUUUUUCUAGUUCUAAAGUUGAGGUAUUUGGGCCUUGUUCUGAGGAUAGUUUGUACGGUUCUUCCAAAAUUAAGGCUGCCCUUGAUGUCCUGAAGAAAGUAGCUAAGCCUCGAGAUGAUGGACUAAAGGCUAGUUUCUGUCCAGAAGGUCCAUCCAGUCUGCCUUCUGGGGAUUCACCAAGUGGUUUUCCUGAUGAAACAAGUCUGGUUACAGGUGAAAGUUUAAAUGAUUCCUCUAAGUUAUGUGGAGAGAAAGCCAUAGUAUUUUCCCAAUGGACAAGGAUGUUGGAUUUAUUUGAAGCCUGUCUUAAAAGUUCUUCCAUCCAAUAUAGAAGACUUGAUGGAACUAUGUCAGUCGCUGCUAGAGACAAAGCAGUGAAAGAUUUCAACACCCUACCAGAGGUAUCUGUUAUGAUUAUGUCCUUGAAAGCUGCUAGCCUUGGGCUGAACAUGGUUGCAGCUUGCCAUGUUCUUCUGCUGGAUCUUUGGUGGAACCCUACAACUGAGGACCAGGCAAUUGAUAGAGCACAUCGAAUUGGACAGACUCGCCCUGUAACUGUCUUACGAUUAACUGUGAAAGAUACAGUUGAAGAUCGUAUUUUAGCUCUUCAGCAUAAGAAGAGAGAGAUGGUUGCAUCAGCAUUUGGGGAAGAUGAAACUGGUGUUCGUCAGACUGGCCUCACAGUAGAAGACUUGGAAUACUUGUUCAUGGCAUGACAUCUUAUUACCUUUAAAACAGCAGUGGUAAUUUGCCUUCCUAAAUAGGAAGUGUUAGAUUUGCUCCCAAUAUCAUCGAAUCCGUGUUUGUGGGGAAUGGAAAGAUUGAAUGAUCCCCAGCUUCUUCGUUUUGAACCAUUUACUGACCCAUCUUCCCAGUCUACCAUACUCCAUUUCGCUAACCCAAUUACCAUUUUAUAGCUUCUUUUGGACCUGACCUGGAAGAGUUAAAACUCUUCCGACACUCUGAAUAGCCCUGAAAGAAUCCUCACGAUAUACUCGGUCAAAAAAGUAAAGUUCAUUUUU